CGGUUGUUGGCUGCCUCUGAAGGGGGGGAAGAAGAAGAAGGAGGGGAGGCCCGGGAAGGGCAGGCGGGACGGGGGCCGCUCCCGGUCCUGCUCCGGUCCCGGCCCGGCUCCCUGCCUCGGUCCGCCGGCCGGAGGGCGAUGUCUUCGUUCUCGGAGUCGGCGCUGGAGCGGAAGCUGUCGGAGCUGAGCAACUCCCAGCAGAGCGUCCAGACGCUGAGCCUGUGGCUCAUCCACCACCGGAAGCACGCCGGGCCCAUCGUCACCGUCUGGCACCGCGAGCUAAGGAAGGCAAAGUCCAGUAGGAAGCUCACUUUCCUAUACUUGGCCAAUGAUGUCAUCCAAAACAGUAAACGGAAAGGACCCGAGUUCACAAGGGAGUUCGAAACUGUUCUUGUGGAUGCUUUUUCACAUGUUGCCAGAGAGGCAGAUGAGGGCUGCCAAAAGCCCUUGGAACGAUUGCUGAAUAUCUGGCAAGAGAGGAGCGUGUAUGGCAGCGAGUUCAUACAGCAGUUGAAACUGUCUAUGGAAGACCCAACGUCCCCACCUAAAGUUACAGAGGAGAAAAAGUCCUUGAAGCGGACGUUUCAGCAGAUCCAAGAAGAGGAAGAUGACGAUUACCCUGGGAGCUACUCCCCGCAGGACCCCAAUGCGGGGCCCCUUCUGACAGAGGACUUGAUCAAAGCCCUGCAAGAUCUGGAAAAUGCUGCCUCAGGAGAUGCCACGGUGCGGCAGAAAAUUGCCUCCCUUCCCCAAGAGGUUCAAGAUGUGUCGCUAUUAGAGAAGAUUACAGACAAAGAGGCAGCGGAGCGCCUUUCAAAGACGGUAGACGAGGCGUGUUUGCUACUAGCGGAAUACAAUGGGCGCUUGGCAGCAGAGCUGGAGGAUCGGCGCCAGCUGGCACGCAUGCUGAUUGAGUACACGCAGAACCAGAAGGAUGUGCUGACGGAAAAGGAGAAGAAGUUGGAAGAGUACAAACAGAAGCUUGCCCGGGUGACUCAGGUCCGCAAGGAGCUUAAAUCCCACAUCCAGAGUCUGCCUGAUCUGUCGCUCUUGCCCAACGUCACAGGAGGGUUGGCCCCUCUGCCGUCUGCUGGGGACCUUUUCUCAACUGACUAGGACACAAAUGUGUGUCUGCACUCUCCCCCAGUUUUCCCCUCUCCAGUUUCCAGUCAAUACCAGCAGAACACCUCUGGAUGCUUGGCGAUCCUUGCAAUAACCUGACAUAGGAAGGAAUGGACAGAGACCCUCCUUUGACCCCUUGCUGCGUUGAGGGGGGCGAAACUCUCUUUGGAAAGAAGCAAACGUCCUCCCAUUUGGCAAAGCUGCUUCACAUUUCCUAGCCUCCCCCCCCCCCCCCCCUUGGCAUUUUCCAGUUUCCAGCCCAGCCGGUGCAAAUCAUGUGUGUCUUACCUCUGAGAGCUUUCAACACCAACAAAUAAACCCUGAUUUAUGCUUUGCUCCCCACCCCACACCCCUACUAUUCCUGUAUAAAAAGAACUUGGUUGUUUUCUGAAUUGGUUUGGUGUGUGUCAAGCUUGAUUUUGGGGGCCUCCCAGCCCUGGAUUGUUUUGGGCAGUGAUGUUGGUUAGAGGAAGCAGCACGCUUGGGGCUUCUCCCCGACUGGGGUGUGCAAGGAGGGCAUGCCUUUUUUGUGAAAGGUUCGUGAGGAGAUGUACACAGACCCAGGUGAGCCAAAAUUAAAAACAUAGUCUGUUCUGUCGACUGCGACUGAAUUCCUCUUCCUCCAUCCAGUGUUGCUUGUCACUUGUCAGAUUUUUGCAAGUUGGUUUUAGCCUGGCUUCAUCAGCCUGCAGCAUUGAGAAAUGGAAAGGAUCAUACCUCCUUGAGUUUUGAUCAGCCAACUUACAAUGCUAAGAAAACCCUUCCCAAAGGAUUCUGACUUGGAUUCUUACCAAGACUUGGAAACUUUGACAGUUAAAUUUUUCUUUAGCAACCAGUGAAUGGACUUGAUUGGCCACAUUCUAGAAAGGACGCUAGUUGGCAAUGUCCCUGUCCUGGGUCCCCUGGGGGAGACGCUCCCAGUGGAUUGGGCCCACAGGUCUACAUUCCUCCCUUUUUAAAUUCAUCUCUCUUCACCAACUUGCUACAGAACUGAUGCAGCCAUGUGCGCAUUUCCAGAACAACUUCCUCACCUGGCAGCCUACAAAUCCCAUGGCCAACUAUGUGAUAUUGGAGACAGCAUCAGGCACCUAGGAUAGGAAGACUGGUUUCAUAUUUUGACAGGUUGUUUGAGGAUCCCCCUCGAUCCUCCAAAAGAAAUCAAGUCUCCCUCCUUCAAGGCUGCUGUGAUAUUCACAACUGGGAGGGACCGUCUGAUUCAACCUAAUCUAAUUUUUGAAGAAGGAAUUGGGCCACUCCAUCCCACCUCUCUUGCACUUGGCCUUAAAGUACCCUGGCUUCUGAUUUCAGUGUCCUUCCUGGAUCUAGCCACAACCAUUGUUAACUUGAAAAUUUACUUGGUCUUCACAGCAGAUAAGCCUCCACAUGUGAUGCCUUUUUUCCCAUGUGAGGUUGCAGGAGAGGCACUGUGGGGUGUGCAUGAGUGUGUGUGGGUUUCAGGUCCCAGCAGCCCAGCCCUAGUGUUCCCCGUUGGUUGUGUUUCACGUAAUUCCACUCCUCUGGAUCCGGUCUGCUUUCAUGGGUCAGGGUCAGGCUCCUUGCCCUGGGUAGUCUUUGGGGGUUGUCAAAUCCACUUUCUUGGCCCCGCGAUGUUUUCUUAAAUAUGUAUAUGAAUCGAUUUAGAAAUAAAUCUAGAGAUAUAGGCUGCCAUUUUAGCAGCAAUAUAUUCUGAAAUGUCUCAUAAAUAUAUUUUUGAAUAAAGAGGGUGUCGUUCAA